AUGGCCGGUAUAACAAAUACUAAUACAUCUACGAAAGUAAUACGUAUUCAAGAUGAUGAAAAAGAAAUAUUGUUUCAUUUACGUGAAAUUUAUGGUAAUGAUUAUAAAAAAUAUAGUGAAUAUAUCAAACGAGAAUCAAGUGUACCAUCAACAAUAAAAAAAAUUUAUAAACUACUCGAUGAGCGUAAAGCUUAUCGACGUAUUUCGGAUUAUUUUCAUCGAGAACGUGCGGCUAAAAAAGCUAAAAACCCUCAUUCAAAUGGUAUUAAUGGACUGUAUACUCGUUCAUCAACACGUGGUAUUACUCAAGUGCCUGAACAAAUAUCUUCUAUUCAUAUGGAUCAUGACAUGGAUGAUGAAGAUGAUAUAGAUAAUGAUGAUGAAGAUAAUCAUACAGGUACAGAUAAUGAUCAACAACAACCUGCAAGUCCAACAAUAACAAAUGGAAGCGAUGAACAUAGUGGAAUAAAUCAUUCAAUGACUAAUGAUGAUGAACAACAACAACAUCAACAACAAAUUCGAUCUCCACUAAUAAUUCCUUCAAGUCAUCAACGAAAACGAAUGUUACCAUUAACAAAUCAUAAACGUCAACCACCACCACCACCACUACCAUCCUCAUCGUUUAUUUCAUCUAAUAUGAAUGGUAACUCUGAUUUAUUAUCAGUACGUGCACAUCUGGAAAAAGCUUUAAAUGAACUUGAUCGUGCUAUUAUAUCCAAGAAUGAAUGUAAUAGUGAUGAACAACAUGGAUCUAUUACACCAAGAAAUCAUCUUUUACCAAAUGGUCAUCGUCAUUCAAAAUUAGAUGAUAUUGUUCGAUCAUUAUCACAUGUUGUUAAUCAACAACAAGAAAAUGCUCGAUUAAUUAUUGAUGAAUCAUCUGUUUUAUUAAUUGAUACUGAACAACAACAAAAAGAAGAUAAACAAUCAGGAAGAUUAUUAGCAACAACACAAGAAUCAAUUAUUAACGUUCUAGAACGUUUAAAUGCUCUUGUCGAUCGGGGUAAUUCAAUUUAUGAUCGAGUAGAAAGUAUUUUGUCGGAAUUUUGA